AUGACCUGGGACCCAAACAUAGAGACACGGAAAUGUGGAACAUGCAAAUGCGGUAACACGAAAAGGGAAAUCUCCCUGGUUCUUACUCAUGAACCCUUUAGGCCCUAAGAGUGAUCAGCAUCAGAUUUCUCCUUGUUAUACCAUUGGUUUGCAAUGAGUGGUCAUAAGAAUUAAGGACAUGAUCACACAAAAUGAAUCUAAUUGAUAGUUCAACAAAUUCUCCCCACUACUUAUAUUGAAAAUGUAUAGGGAUAACAAAUGAGAAUUUGAAUUUUGAUGUUAGGGUUUAAAGGGUUAAGCUAAAACUCAAUUCCUUAAACGGUAAACUGUCGCUUAGAAACUUCGCCGACUGAGUUAUAGGCGUAUCUACCUGAAAACAAAAAAAUGCAUCUGACUGUAAUCCCUCCGAUAUAAGCGGUCAUCCAAAUGCACUAAAAUACGUGGCAGUUUAUGGUAAACACAAAUGAAAGUAACAUGACAAUUAAAAAUGGACCAAUAUCUGUCGUGAUACAGAGCAUAGAUGAGGAACGAUUGAACAUCCUUAACAGGUGCAAAUUGGACCCAUGUGAGGGCCCUUCCUUAAACGAUUUCAAUCCAUAAUUUUAACUACUUUUAAAGGGGAUAAGAGAAAAUCAGAUGAAUUUGGAACCGGCUGUGAUGACAUCCACACUUUUUUCUUUUCUACAUAAUCUUAUCGGUGGAAGCUUUGUAAAUCAAUCAAUCCAUCUAUCGAUCAACUUUCGAUACACCUCUUCCAAUACACCAUCCAAAUUCAAAGAGAGGUGCCUUUAUUUACCACAAAUUCAAUUAUGCACAUAACCUUUAAGAUAAUAACUGGGCAAGAAAUCAAGCGAGCCUUAAGAUGAUCUCGCUUUAUUCUAAAGAAAUGUGAUUGGGACAUUUUCGCUAUAUCUUUUGAUGAAGUAGCAUUUAAGGACAUGGCAUUUUCUCAUUACAAAAGGAAGCCUAAAGGAACCAAAAACUCCAUAAUUACAACACUACAUAGUAUACAGUAAGGGAAUCCUUUUGAGGCUUGUAUGUCUAAUGAAUCGCCCCGCAUAUCGCAGUACCUAACCAUUUAUCCUCUGUUUGGGAGCCUUCGCAACCACAACGACGACAGGAGGGAAGACUUUUAAAAAAAUAAGCUUUAUAAAAAAACAAUAAUUUUUCAUGUGUUGAGACUAUUUGGUACACUUUUUUGCCUUAUCUUCGCGUAAAAUUUCCUAAUUUCACAAUUUGUGGAGGUCGUAAAGGUACAUUAAAACGGACCAAAAUUGUUGUUUUGCUAAUUUAAACCUACUGCUUUUCUGCCCUUCUUGUUGCCGUCGUCAUCGUCCAUUAGGGAGCUUAAGCAACGAUGGCGACGGGUACGAAAACGUCUCCCAAAAAGUGAGUUCGCGCUGCUUUAAACUUUAUCGCGCUUAUUUCAUCUCGUUCAAUUCGUCAAAUGGUGGCCAUUUAUUUCUGGAGUUGAACACUAAAAGAUUCUACCAAAGUUGUGGAAAAGAGAAAGAAAGUAGUUGUCUUAUGCUAACGUCCUCCACAAAACGUAAAAUUAGUCAUUUUCACGUCGUGGUCGUGUAUCGACAGCAAAGAAAUGUCCAAAAACGCGCGAUGCAGGUUCAAAGUUGUUGCUUUGCUAAUCUAAGACCAAUUGCUUUUCUGCCGUUCUCAUUGCUGUCGUCAUCGUUGCUUAAGCUCCCUAAUUCCUAAUGACGCGACUUUGCUUGUUAUUCUAGUGACUGACGGUGGAUACAGUGAGUGGUGCCCAUUUACAUCUUGUAGCGUUUCUUGUGGUGGCGGGGUCCGGUACCGCAACAGAACCUGUACCAAUCCUCCCCCACAGAACGGAGGAAUGGACUGUCGGCACCUCGGGCCUGCCAGGGAGUCACAGAAAUGUAACACACAGUCCUGCAGUAAGUUUUGUAUUGUCAGAGUGGCGCCCUGACCCUAUUUCAGUUCAUAAUUCGCCUUAAUUUGUCAGGAUGACAGAUACGUAUAGAAGUGGUAUGUUUGAGUGACCCCAAACCCCUUGAACGAGUAAUUGAAUCAAUCGAUACUGAGAUAAUGUCUCGUCUAUGAUCACAAUGUAACCUUAAAAGUUUUCUAUCUUAUUCUCGAGCUCGUACUAACUGAAGAACGCCUUAAUCAAAGGUAAACGACAAAUUUGACAGGUACUAUCAGGUGAAAAGGCGGGUCGAACUGGUCGAAACGCGAGGCUUUUCCCUGGAUUCUGGACAACAGAAAAAGCAAACUUAUAACAGAUGAUCAGUAACCUCAAACAAUAUUCACUUUAUUUUUUCUAUGAAAGGUCCUGUUCAGAUUUCAAAAUUGUUGUAAUUUUCAAGAACAAUGUUGUUUAUGACAAUUUAUGACGUGUUUAUUUUUAACGAGGCCUAUACCUCGACAUUUCACGGACUUUGUAAAUCAAGUUCAGUUGCAUGUUUUAGAUCAAGGUAACUACACAGAAUGGACCAACUGGUCUGAGUGCAGUGCAACAUGUGGAGGUGGAGCCCAGAUACGGUCACGAACCUGCACAAAUCCUCCCCCAAAGGUAGGUGGUAAAGACUGCAAGGAAACCAUUGGACCUGCACAACAGUCGAGACAAUGUGACACAGGACCAUGCCGUAAGUGUUUGUAAUUUCUACUUUGAUGAAAUUGUUUUUAAACCAUUACUUACAAGUAAUUAUUUUCUUUUCCUUUUUGCUCACUGUUUUUUUUCCGAAAUAAAACUGAGGGGGGAGGGAAUGAAACAUGCAUAUGACAGACUAAUAUUGACAUCGGUCCUAUCUAAGAAUUCAUAACAGACAAAGGAAAUGUUGCAGGCGACAAAUGGACGAGUGAUCAACCUUAAGGACUUGAUAAGCUAAUGAUUGCUGCGGCCCUCCCUGUCUGCAGCGAUUUGAGUGGCUUUAUUCCCUGCGUCUAGUUUUUACACGUAUGACUUCUUAUAAAUAAAUACGGGCCCCUCCUUUUAGCAACUGACGGAAAUUACACGGAAUGGACAAAAUGGUCUGACUGCAGUGCAAGUUGUGCUGGAGGUUUGAAAACACGAGUAAGGACUUGCACCAAUCCCUCGCCUCAAAAUGGUGGAAAAAGCUGUAUUGAUUUGGGAUCCGCUUCUGAAACAGCUGAAUGCAACCCAGAUCCAUGCCGUAAGUAAAUGUUCUUGCUAAGUAAAUCAUUUAAAACAAGUUCCUUCACUUUAAAAUCAUUUAAUUGCAGAGUCGAAGAGGUCGUGUGUUUUUUCCUUUCAGCUAUCGACGGUAAUUACACUGAAUGGACAAAGUGGUCAGACUGCGGUGCAACUUGUGGUGGCGGUUCGAAGACGCGAACAAGAUUUUGUACCAAUCCCACUCCAAGUCACGGUGGUAAGAACUGCGAUGACCUGGGCCCCACUUCUGAGACUGUGUCAUGCAACCCAGAUCCUUGCCGUGAGUAAUAUGAUUGUGCUAUAUAAUUUUGUCUACUUGCAAUCACACAAUGUUUAUUGCCAGCUAGAUAGAAGAUUCCGGUUCUGUUCAUUUUUCAGCUAUUGAUGGUAAUUACACUGAAUGGACCGAGUGGUCCGACUGCACCGCAACAUGUGGUGGAGGUUCCAAAACCCGGAUAAGGACUUGCACCAAUCCCCCGCCGCAACAUGGUGGGAACAACUGUGUUGAACUAGGACCAGACACGGAAACGGUGAAGUGUAGCCGGGAUCCCUGCCGUGAGUAACUGAAUAGUUUCUUUCUAACAUAAUGUCACAUUUCGAUACAAUAUUAAGUACAGUCGAACCCCUCUUAAGGGAGGUGGUCUCAAACGAAAAUUGAACUACCUACCGUCAAGCGCCUUCAGUCACGCACGUGGUCAUUUGUGUGUCUCGCGCGUUUCGCUUGAAGGACCAAGAGAGAGAGAGAGACUGUUCGUAAUCUGAACUACAAGGGGUCUUUUCCGAGAAGAGGUUCCGAUAAAUCUACUUUUUGAGAGAAAAUAUUUUGUACGCAAUUUCUAAGUUACGGGGGAUACGAGCAGUUCCGUUCUUAACCAAAAGCUUUUAGAAUUCUUCAAGUAGCGUAGUUCACAUAGCGAACACAAAGAGCAGGACUAUGAGUAAAGUGAUUAUUUACAACAGCCUCGAAACAAUGGAGAACAAUAAAACCGUUACCCCAAUGAAUUAUGAGAGGUAGUCGUUUUGUUCUUUACGAGAGGUUCCGAUAAUACUGUAAUAAUAGGGCUUUGACUGAAAAGUUGUUGGUAUCAGUUUGCAUUGUUGGUCCACUAUGGCAGGUGGCUGAGUAUGGAGAUUCCGUCGUACUAUUUCUCCAACCAUUUGAUCCUGGGAACGUUCAGUGAACAUAUCAUAUACAUGUAAUACUCCCUAUUUAUUUUACAGCAAUCGAUGGUAAUUAUACUGAAUGGACAACAUGGUCCGAUUGUAGUGAAACUUGCGGUGGGGGUUCUAAGACGCGUACAAGAACCUGCACAAAUCCCCUACCACAACACAGUGGAAAAAACUGCUCUAAACUGGGGCCAGCUUCUCAGACUGUGAAUUGCAGCACAGAUCCUUGUCGUGAGUAAAUAUGUAGUAUUUACUUGUAUCACGAGAAUCAUCUGGACCAGCGUAGAUUACUUCUGAUAAAUAGCAUGGUUUACAUCUACUUAUAAUAAAGCGGAUAUGUCUAAAAGCUGGGAACGCAGGUUGCUUGAUUUCCUGCCUUGUAAUUAUAGCCGGGUUGUUUCUUGAAAAAGUUAUCGGUAAAUGGACCUUUUCCGUCCAACAGUUAGCCAUGAUAAACAUUAAGACUACAACCACUGCUACUACAACCGCUUUUUUCUCUUCUCCCUGUUUUCUUCCUCUUCGCUCUUUCUUUUUCGUCUUUCCUUACUUCGUUUUUGUGAUUUUGGAACUUAUCGGGCCCCCAAAAAAUGUCUUUUGACGGUUUUUCACUCAAAUGACUGCACAUUUCGUUGGGAUGGUUUUGAAAAAAUCAGCUAUAAUUAUGUAAUAGAUUAUGUGUGAGAAUGGAUGGUGAUUAAAAUCACUUCUUCUUUUAAAAAAAUAGAAUCAAUUUAGGUUUCUGGGAAAUUGCCCACGUACCCCUCCACUAAGCCAACAUUAUCACUCACCUCUCACUUAGGGCAAAAUGUUGGCUUAGGGAGGGGUAGGUGGUCAGUUUCGCGGAAACCUAAACUGAUCCAAAAAAUGUCCUUCAUGGAUAAUGUCUUUUUCUUUUUUAUUUUUCAGCAAUCGAUGGUAAUUACACUGAAUGGACCAAAUGGUCCGAUUGCAGCGCAACUUGUGGCGGGGGCUCAAAAACACGAGUAAGGGCUUGCACCAAUCCCCCGCCACAACACGGUGGGAAGAACUGUAUUGAACUGGGUCCCGCUUCUGCGACUAUGGAAUGCAGCCCGAAUCCCUGUCGUGAGUAAACGUGUUAAUAACUUGUAAAAUCAAAAGGCCAUUAACUCUCACUUUCAAAACGAGGCCAAGUCUAAAACUUUGUGAAAUUAGUUGCUUUGCAUAAGAAUAAGAAAUCAUUUUCAAACCAAUGUCUUUGCACUUGGCAUCGCUCUGAAAGAGAGGCUUAGGCAAGUCGGAAAUGGCGUAUUACCAUUGCCAGCGCUGUUUCAUGACCAUAAUUGUUUUAGUCACCAACCGAUGUUUGCCGGGCAGUAGAGCACAGAAAAGCAACGUGACAUAGGGUUGCUGAAAUAUGGACAAGGAAUUAAGCAAAUUCACAACUGACACAUUGCUCAUAAGAGCUAUGUCAAGGUUUUAGAUUAUAUGAAGCAAGCAAUACCUCUGUCAAGAGAGUCGUUUUUUUAUUUUCGACGAUUACUGUCGCGUGAAAAGAAGAGGAAGGUUUAGUUUGCCAAGCUGUAGAUAUCCCAGUAGAUGUCGGGUACGGAAAGAAGUGAAAAAAAACGUUAGUUAAUUAUUUUUUUGCCAUUUUUAUUUCAGCAAUUGAUGGGAAUUACACUGAAUGGACCAAAUGGUCCGACUGCAGUGCAACUUGUGGAAAUGGUUCGAAAACACGGAUAAGGUCUUGUACCAAUCCCCCACCCCAAUACGGUGGGGAUAACUGCGUUGAUCUAGGACCAGAUACUGAUAUCACAGAAUGCAAUCUAAAACCCUGCAGUAAGUACAUACUUCAGGUUCAUUUUAUUGUAAAAAGACUAUAUAAGUUUCAAUUGUCACUUGUGAAGUAGUAUCCGUGUUCUGCGAAAACAGCCGUCUCUUCCUGCCGGUAGCCUGCGUGGCAGGCGCAAAAAGGGGAGGUGGAGGGGGGAGGGAGAAAGGGAAAUCCCCCUCCCCUUUUUCCCUUCCUUCCUAUCCCCUACCCCCUACCCCUUUCGACACCUGCUACGCAGGCUACCUGCCGGGGUUUUUCCUCUCACUUCGCCGCGGGGGACACGUCUAUCCCUAGCAGGGAAACGUGUUUAGCGGUGAGGGCGAGGAGCGAUGAAUGUUCCCGCAGGCUACACUUAAAAGCGUUUGACAAACCCGCAAUUGACUGCGUCUGUCAGAGUUAGCAAUGCCCAUGAAAACCGAUUUUCUUCUUCUGACUCCUCUUUGUUUAGUAUCGCCCAUAGGGAGAUGCAGUUCAAAGAACAUAGCGGAACGAGGCACGCGACAUUUUUCAAGUAGCCCCCUCCCCCCGGAACCAUAAUCUGGGGUCCAGACAAUUACAAACUGUGCGCUUCUUAUUUUUAUUUUUUCAGCUCCUCCAUGCGCUGCUGGCCUCGACAUUGGCCUCGUUGUUGAUAAAUCAAAAAGUAUUAACAAAAAUCAAAUGAAACUGGUGAGGGAAUCACUUGUGAAACUUGUGGACAGUUUCAACCCAGCUCCAGACAAAGAUCAUUUUGGAUUAAUAACGUUCAACAACAAAGCUUCCGUUAACUUUAAACUAAACGACAAAGAAUUCUACGACAAAUAUCAGCUUGAAAAGCGCAUCGGAGAGAUGAGUUUAGAUCGAGCUUAUAAAACGCGAACUGACCUUGCCAUGAAUGCAGCUAGAGAUGAAUUGUUUACAUCAAGUGGUGGAGACCGACCGGACAAACCAAACGUCAUGAUUGUGCUAACGGAUGGUAAACCACAAGGUCUACCCAAACGUUUUAGCUUUGAGAAGUUUUCUGCUGACUUCUACGGAGACCCCAAGGUACUGAGGUCACAUGUUAACUUUCAGAUAGCCUUCGUGACCCACGGGGGGGGUUAGUAUCAUGCAUAGGCUAUAUAGGUAUGUGCCGCUGUGAAGGGUAUUUUCAAGCAGUUCACUCUGGGAUAGGGUAUAUAAAUCAGAGAGUUUGGGACAAGAUCAGGAUACAGGGUAUCAUUUUUCAGGAAACUGAUCAAUUGGUUGAGGAUUUUAUUCUGGACUAGGGAAACCGGGAAUUGUCACUCGAAAAUAUUAAAAAAAAUCAAUUCUGUUUUGUUUUAGCUGAACUGUGCUAGUGAUCUCCGUAGUUCCUUGAAAACAGCUACUCUAGGAUGGGGGGGAUUUGGCGAGCUUAGUCUAGCAUAGGGUACCAAAAUUCAGCUGAACUAGCUCUGGUAUAGACUAAGGGUUCCAGGGCCCCAGCAGCACAUCCCCACUCAAGAAUUCCUGAGGUACCCCCCUUCCCGCGCACUGUGUGGCAGGCGCAAGAAGGGGAGGGAAGGGGUAGAGAAAAGCAAAAGCAAAAGGAAAAGGGAAGUGUUUCUUUGUUUCUCAACCCAAUCAUUGUCUCUUUUCCCUCCUCUCCUAACCCCUUUCGACACCUGUCACACAUGCUACAUGUCAGAUAAUAAUCGUAUGAAAAAGACAUUUUAGGUAACAUCCGGGGGGAAAGUAUUCCCAGGAAUUCUUGGUGGGGGUGCGCCGUUCAAAAAAUGUCAUUUUCCAUACCCAUUUUCAGACCUGGAAGUGGUCACCUAAACUCAACAUUACAUGUUUACAAAACACAUUGCUGAGCCGAGAUAAAAACCGCAAUAAAUAGAUUUUGUUAGAAUCCACAUAGUAAUUCGCAUAGUACAAUAUAUUUCUUAUUCAUCAGUUUUGAAUUGAAACGACGAACACAUACAACCGUAGUUCCUUCGUGUGGGUUGGCUGCCGAAAUUCUGAUAAACUCGCCAAAGGACACAACGUUAAGCACUUGAUUUUGUCUCGUACACCUGAUUCUAUGGGAUGCCUGUAGUAGAGGAACUUAGAAGAAUAAGCAACGCUUUUUGCGAACAGUACUGAAGGGGACGUUGGCCUCAGCUUCAGCAGGUUCACAGGAUUAGGACGCAUUUAUAACUGAGGUAUAGAAUCUUUCGAACAGUAAUAUGUAAUAUUUUUCCUGUUCUUUUACUUAGGUGACUGGUUUGUACACGGUAGCAGUUGGCAUUGGAAAAGGAAUAAAUCAUGAAGUUCUUCGUCAAAUCGCUGGUGAGCAGGGAAGUGUAUUUGCCACUCAAGGCUUCGACGAACUGGCCGUAGAGCUUCCCAAAAUCAAGAAGAAACUUUGUGGUACGCUCUAUUGA